UUUCGGCGUUGCACACAGAAGAAAGCGAAACCACUGUUUACAAACACAAAGUUGGUGACAGCGACAAGUAUCACAAACAGCAGGAUAUAACUGUUUACUGUUAGUUUUGUUUGCCAGAACAAGACUUUGUAUGAAUGGAUGCUUUGAGCCUCUGACCUUAUAAAAGAGGUCAUACGUGACGGUCAUGAUGGUGGAGGAAGCUGGUAAGCUUCAGCUCCGGCGUCUGGAGCCACCCAUACAGAAAUUCAUUAAAGUGGCCAUCCCCACUGACCUAGAAAGACUGCACCUGCAUCAGCACAACAUAGAAAAGUUUCAGAAAAGCAGACAGUGGGACAAACUGCAUCAAGAGCACAUCAACUCCAGUCGCACAGUCCAGCAGUUGCGGUCUAACCUGCGGGAGAUGGAGAAGCUGUGUGGGCGUGUCCGCAGUGCCGAUGCCGCAGACCUGGAGAAACUUGUUCAGCCAAUCAGAGAGCGUGCCUCAGCUGCCAUACAAGAGUUCCUUAGGAUGCAUUCGGAUGCUGUCAAUAGGCCCUGCUUCCAAGAAACUAUCAGCACAGACGAGCACAUUGCCACAGAUACAUCACACAGUGAUAGUGACACAGGUGUUCCUGGUUCCGCUGUUCUUCAAAAACAGCUGCUUCUACCUGAAAUCCCAGUGGAUCAGAACGCAGCCGAGUCCUGGGAUUCUUUAGCAGAGGAUCUGCUGGAGCUGGACGGUUUAGUGAAUGAGUUCUCCACCAUUGUUCAUGCUCAGCAGGAGAAGAUUGACACCAUCGAGGCGAACGUUAGCAUAGCAGCCGCUAAUGUGGAGGAGGGGACCCAGAGCCUGGGGAAGGCAGCCCGUUCGAAGCUGGCGGUUCUGCCGAUAGCCGGUGCAUUCGUGGGGGGAGUUCUGGGGGGACCGCUGGGACUGUUAGCAGGGUUUAAAGUGGCGGGGGUCGCCGCUGCCGUUGGGGGUGGACUUCUCGGUUUCGCCGGGGGCAACCUGAUCCAGCGAAAGAAGAAAGAACGAAUCGAGGGGCAUCUACAACAGCUCAAAAGCAACAACAACAGUAACAACGACCACGAACAUAGUCAAUAACGCACUCAAAGCACAUUUGUUUUUGUAGACAGAACACGAAGGAGCUGGCGACCCACACAUUUUCAGACAAAAACACCAUACCCUCAACAUACAUAACCCAGAUAACAUAACCACAACUGCAGCGGAACUCCUACAUGAAAUGCUAACAUGCACAUGCAUGGCAACAUGCUGCACCAAGUGGACUUGCUGAUUUUCUUUACGUUAAACUGCCUUAAUUCAUCAAUCAUCUCUAUGCCAAAGCAAAGAAGGCCUUAUGCUGAUUUUGUCAUGUGAUAUUAGCAUUAAAAAUGUGCAAAAUUA